UAUAUAUAUAUAUAUAUAAAUAAAGAAUUUUCUUUUCUUUUCUGAACACGAUGCCACCGAGAGCUAAGAAGCGUAGAAUGGCUCAACCAGCAGCGACUGCCACACAGCAGCCAAGUGGUAGUCAGGCUACGGUGUCUGUGAAUUCCCAGACGUACUCGUCGACGGCGUCGGCAGGAUGUCCAGUACAUGUACCAAUACCACCGACCCAGGCUCCAUCAACUUCCGUUGUGGCGGAAGCGCAACCCAUGUUGACGACAAGUGCAGGGCCAUCCUUUGCACCGACCACCUCUGGAGCAACAAUCUCAACUCCAACAGAUGUUGGUACCACCCCUGCUCCUGUCCCAUCAAUACAUAUGAUUGUGGGCCAGAUUCCGACAAGCAGCUCCACAUGCCAGGGAACACCCUUGCCCAGUGCCCCUAUCUUUCCGCAACAUCAUCUCCAGCCUGAGUUUGCUAAACUUUUAGACGCCUCAGUAUCUGAAAACACACAUAAAUCUCAUCGGGCUGGAAUGGCAGCAUAUUACAAAGUAUGUAGACUCAUUGAUUGCACGCCAUGGCCCCCUACAUUAAACUCAGUCGUGCAAUUCGUUUUGCAUUCAUCAUCAUCCGGCCUCGCAUAUGGUACCGUGAGGUCAUACUUGUCUGCCAUUUCAUUUUAUUGUAAAUUGCAGAGUGUUCACGAUCCAACCCCAGAGUUCUUGGUUACAAAGUUAUUGCAGGGCAUGAAACGUUUGAGACAUAAAGUAGAUACUAGACUGCCAAUAACGAAAACAAUUUUGCUAAAUAUUAUUCAAGUUCUGCCCAUAAUAUGUACCAAUGCUUUUGAAACAGCUCUUUUCUCGGCUGCAUUUUCCCUGGCAUUUCAUGGAUUUUUAAGAGUUGGCGAAUUAACAGUUAAUACAAGAGAAGGUGAUCAACAAAACACAAUUCAAUUCAACAAUUUGUCCAUUAAUCACGAAACGCAAUCUCUCUUACUGACUAUCCGGAUACAAAUCUCACUCUUUUCGUAUCGGCGCGAGUACUGA